AUGUCUUCUCACGGUGAGAAACACUUGGAUCCUCACAGCGAGAAACCGGUCGAUGAGGAAAUCGUCCAGUCCGCCCCGGAAAUCACAGGAAAGCCAUGGAUGUACAAGCGUCCUAAGAUCGGAUCGUUCGCCCUUCCAUACUAUGCCUCCCCUUCUUCGCAGCUGCUCCUCGUCUCCUUCGUCUGCUUCCUCUGCCCUGGUAUGUUCAAUGCCCUGAACGGUCUGGGUGGAGGUGGCCAGCAAGACGACCAUGCCGUCAACGUCGGAAACACCGCUCUCUACAGUACCUUUGCCGUCGUCGGUUUCGCUGCCGGUUCCAUUGCCAAUCGUAUUGGUCUCCGCUGGACCCUUCUCUUCGGUGGCUUUGGUUACUUCCUCUACGUCGGAUCUAUGUUGUCGUACAACCACAACAAAAACUUGGGCUUCCUCACUUUUGCCGGUGCGCUGUUGGGUGCUUGUGCUGGUUGCCUGUGGUGCGCCCAGGGUGCCGUUAUGAUGAGCUAUCCGGAUGAGAAGUCCAAGGGCAGAUAUAUUUCCUGGUUCUGGAUCAUUUUCAACUUGGGUGGUGUUAUUGGAGGCUUGGUUCCUUUGUUCCAAACACUGAACGUCAAAGAAGGCAGAGCCGUUGGUGACGGAACCUACAUCGCCUUCAUGGUUCUCAUGUUCAUCGGUUUCGUUCUCUGCUUCUUCCUGGUUGAGUCCAAAUACGUCCGUCGUGAUGACGGUUCGCAGGUCAUUGUCAUGAAGAACCCAUCCUGGUGGUCCGAAAUCAAGGGCCUUGGCGAGGUUCUGAUCUCCGACUGGUACAUCGUCGCCCUCUUCCCCAUGUUCAUCGCCAGUAACUGGUUCUACGCCUACCACUUCAACAACGUCAACGCUGCCAAGUUCAACAUCCGCACUCGCUCCCUGAACAGCUGCCUCUACUACCUCGCCCAGAUGUUUGGCGCGUUCGGCUUUGGAUACAUGUUGGAUACCCCCUCUCUGCGCCGCACCACUCGUGCUCGUCUUGGCCUGGGUGUCCUUUUCGUCUUCACCAUGGCCGUCUGGGGUGGUGGUUAUGCCUGGCAACGCGGGUAUACUCGCGCGGAUACCGCCCCUAAGGAUUCGCCCCGUAUCGAUUUCAAGGACUCCGACUAUGUUGGUGGUAUGUUCCUGUAUAUCUUCUACGGUGUCUACGACGCUGCGUACCAAACCUGCGUGUACUGGUUCAUGGGUGCCCUGAGUAACAACAGCCGUAAGCUUGCCAAUUUCGCUGGUUUCUACAAAGGUCUCCAAUCCGCCGGUGGAGCCGCUACCUGGCAAAUCGACGACCACAAGGUCCCCUUCAUGUCCGUAUUCGCGAUCAACUGGGGCCUGCUGUGCGGAAGCAUGCUGAUCGCCCUGCCCGUCAUCCUCUUCAAGAUCAAAGACACCGUCGACAUCGAGGAGGAUCUCAAGUUCUCCGACGAGACGCUGGAGGAAGUCGCACCCACGGCGAUGCGGGAAGGCCGUGGUUUCUCCUCCGGUGCGGAUCUUAAUUAACACCUUAACACCUAAACCCGACACCUAACACUUAAUAAUUUUUGCUUUUUUUCUUUUAUGAUUUUUUGUUCACGUUUAAAUACCCGGAUGGCGAGGAGGAUGUCGGAAGAUGUGGAGGGGAGUGAAGUGUGUGUAGCGGGCGGUGGAGUGGUGUUGAACGCGGUGUGGGAUUGGAAUGGAUCGUGAUGUAAUUGGGACUUGUAAGGUUUGUUGAUAGAUGUGAUGUGGUUGUGUGUGCGUGGGUUUUGAAUUUUCUUUUCUUUGUUGUUUUGAAGAGGAUUUUCGAUGGUGGUGGCAGAUGAUGUACAGGACAGACAACGGGGCAGCUAUUUUGAUCUUGAUGUUGAUGCGAUGUGAUGUCGAUGCCUAUAUGCCAUGCAAUGCAAUCCAAUGCAAUGCG